AUGUGGAAGAAGUCAAAGGUCACAGACCAGACGGCCACUGGCCAAGGAGCUGGCAUCAAGAAGAGGUCCAAGGUCCCUGGGGUCAUGAUCACGCAGUUUAUAGAGGUUCUACCGGAGGGCAAGAGCACCCCAGACUUCCUCCGCAAACCCAUCGCUCUAACCAUUCAAGAGGGUAAAUUAGCCAUUUUCAAAGCCAAUGUGUGUGGGCAUCCCAAACCAGAGGUGACUUGGGGAAGAGCUAAGGGGGAUAUGUCAGACACAGAAACAUUUCAAAAGAAAUAUGAUGAAGCUACUGGUGAAUACACUCUAGAGAUUCACAGAGUGUCUGGAGAGGAGGCAGACACUUACAAAUGCUAUGCUAUCAAUGAAUAUGGCAAGGCUAUUUGUACUGCAGCAUUGAAUGUGAUUGAGGUUGGAUUCAAGAAGAAGAAAGCCAUGGAGCAGUUAGAAGACAUAGGUCAAUGCUUCUGUCAUGUUUCAACCAGGAAGGGAGUGGACAAAGAGGAAGCGGUGAAAGAACCUGGAGAAAUCGAUGAAAGGUUCUGGGAAAUCAUCAUGAGUGCAGACAGGAAGGACUAUGAACGAAUCUGCGCUGAGUUUGGUGUCAAAGACUUCCGUGUAAUGCUGAAGAAACUCAGUGAGAAGAAAAAGGAGAGACAGGAGGAACAGGCCAAGUAUAUUGAGACCAUCAAUAACCUGAAACAUAUUGAUAUUAAAGGAGUAGGCAUUGCUUCGUUUGAGUUUGACCUUGAGCUCAAAGACCUCGCCAGUAGGAUUUUCCUCUACAAGGAUGGUGUAAUGAUUCCCUAUAGUGAUGAAGAAGAAAUGAAACACAGCUUAAAGACUGUUGGGAAGAAGUUAAUCUUCAGUGUGCGGGACCUUAAGGCAGAGGAUGCUGGGCUCUAUCAAGUGGAUGUUGAGGAGGUCAAUCUGUUCUCUACAGACUUCAAGAUUCCCACAGUGGAUUUCAUUGUCAAGAUCCAGGAGGUGAAGGCCAAAGAGAGAGAGGAUGCUAUGUUUGAGUGUGUCCUGUCACAUCCCUGGCCCAGAAUCAAAUGGAUGGGCAAGAAUGCCACGCUGGAGGAUGGAGAGAAAUACACCAUAACUGUAUCAGAAGACAAGCUGAUCCACAGACUGCUAAUAAAGGACUGUAGCCAGCUGGACAAGGGCAUCUACUCUGCUGCGGCAGGAAUCAAGACAUGCAGUGCCUGGCUGAUAGUGGAAGCUGACAGCGACCCUGCUUCCCAUGGUAAAAAGAAGACCCGUAAAACAACCCAGGCUGGUGGAACAGGGUUGGAUCUGGGGAAACUGGCUCAAGAGCAGCAGGAAAAACUGGCGAAGGAAAGGCAGGAGCAGAUCGACGCUUCAAACAAGGCCAGAGCGGAGGAGGAGAGGCUUGCCCGAGAGGCACUUCUGGCACCCCCUCCUCCUGAUACUGGGGAUGGAGACAGUGGGGAAGGCGGAGACAGUGGGGAAGGCAAAGACACCGGAGAUGGAAAAAACAAGUCUAAAAGUGGAUCAAACAAAUCCAAAGAUGGUGGCAAAUCAGUUGGCAAAUCAGUUGGCGAAAUGAAAGACUCUGAAAAGGAAGGAGAUGACAAGAAGAACAAGAAAUCCACUGAUGAUUCUGACAAAGGCAAAGGAGCAUCAAACAAUGGAAUUGACCCAAAUGCAAACGGGGAAGGUGAUGGAGACAGUAAGGGACAUAAGGGCCAUACUGGUCCACUUAUACCAGACACAGUCAUUGAUGCUGAGAAGGAAAGAGAUGACAUGUACAAGAAAUCCACUGAUGUUUCGGGCAAAGGCAAAGAUCCCAAUGUGAAAAGUGGGACAGGAGAAACUGAAGAGUACAUUGAUGCGACUGGCAUGCAUUCAGUGCGCACAAGGCAAGGCCCACUACUGAAAGACACAGUGAUUGAUCCCAAUGGGCAAAGUGGUACAGGAGAAACUGAGGAGUACACUGAUGCAUCUGGCAAGCGUUCAGAGCACACAAGGCAAGGCCCACUGCUGAAGGACACAGUGAUUGAUCCCAAUGCUCAAAGUGGUACAGGAGAAACUGAGCAGUACACUGAUGUGUCUGGCAAGCGUUCAGAGCGCACAAGGCAAGGCCCACUGCUGAAGGACACAGUGAUUGAUCCAGGAGUUCAGUUCGUAAGCGGGUUGUCAAAUGUCCAUGCCCUCAUUGGCCAGCCUGCAGAACUGAUGUGUAAGCUGAGCAAUGAUAAUUGUGAAGGGACCUGGUACAGAGACAGCAAGAAGUUGACAGCAGAUGAUGGACACAUAAUGUCCAGAGAUGGUGCAAACCACAAGCUGGUCAUCAACCGUUGUCAGGAGGAAGACUCUGGAAAAUACCGCUUUGAGGCAGACGGGCGUAAAACUGAGGCAAUGCUGAAUGUGGAAGACCCUCCCAGGUUUGACCCUGAUGAUCUGUCUGCGUUCUCUCAGCCGGUCAUAGUCAAAGUGGGGAAUAGCACCACUUUCAAACUGCCCUUUGUGGGCCGCAAGCCCAUGAAGAUCCAGUGGUACAGAAAAGGAGAGGAGCUCCUGGACGAUAACACCACCAAGAUAGAGAAGUCCUUCACCCAAAGCCGCCUGCUCCUCAGCAAGUGCCAGCGCAAAGACACUGGAGAGAUCAAGAUCAAGCUCAAGAACGAACAUGGUACCAUGGAGGCUAUCUCAAGACUCAUUGUCCUCGACAAACCCACUGCGCCCCAGGGCCCUGUGGAGGUCCUCGAAAGCACAGCCUCUUGUAUUCAUAUCAAAUGGAGAGCUCCAAAGGAUGACGGUGGCUGCCCAGUAAUAAACUACAACCUGGAGCGCCAGCAAGUUGGCCGCAACACUUGGAAGAAGCUGGGGGACAUCCCUGGCGUGCCCGAAUACAAGGAUAACGACGUGGAACACGGCAGGAAGUAUUGCUAUCGUAUCAGGGUGGUCACAGAGGAGGGCGUCAGUGAGAUGAUGGAGACUGAUGACCUCACGGCUGGCACCUUGGCCUUUCCUAGCAGCCCUGCCCCACCAAAAGUGGCUAGUGCUUUUAACAACUGCAUCAACCUGACAUGGACUACCCCGACCGACACUGGCGAGUCUCGCAUCCUGGGCUACAACUUGGAAAAACGCAAGAAGGGGAGUAAUCUUUGGAGUCCUGUCAACCCUACAGAUGAGCCUAUCCAAGAAAAGAAACGUGCAGUGACAGAUGUUGUAGCAGGGAACGAAUACGAGUUCAGAGUUUAUGCUAUCAAUGUCUCAGGACUCAGCAAGCCCAGUUCCCCUUCAGAGUUUAUUUUCGCAAAAGACCCAAAGAAUCCCCCAGGGAAAGUGGAAGAUCUGAAGGUGGCAGACACAUCCUACACCGCCCUCUCCCUGUCCUGGAACAAACCCACAGAGGAAGUGGGGGUCCAGGAUGAGGCCAAAGGGUAUUUUAUAGAGGUCAGGCAGGCUGAGUGCAUAGACUGGACCCGCUGUAACGUCACCCCCAUCAUCUUGACCACCUUCACUGUGAAAAGCCUGAAGGCCAUGGCCAUGUACUGGAUCAGGGUGAUCGCUAUCAAUGACGGAGGAGAAGGAGUGCCCCAGGAUCUGGACAACUACAUCCUGGCCAUGCCUCCACCUGUGAGACCAUGCUUCACCGAUAAUAAGAUGAAGAGUUUCUUGGUGGUGAGAGCUGGAAAUUCUGUCAGGAUCCUCUUAAACUUUGAGGCAUCCCCAUGGCCAGAAGUCACGUGGCUGAAGGACGAUGUUCCUUUGCUGAAGCGGGUCAAUAUCUCCAACUCUGAAUCGUCAUCUCAACUUCUGAUCACUUCCUCUGAGCGCUCUGAUUCAGGGAUCUACACCAUAGUGGUCAAAAAUCUAGUGGGCCAGGAGAGCUUCAGCGUGGAGGUCAGGGUUACAGAUGAUCCCAAGCCUCCAGGACCAGUAGAACUUGAGGAGAACGUCCCAGGCACUGUGACUGUGAUUUGGGAGCCAUCCCCUGAUGAGAAGCGUGACGACCACCUUCACUACUCUGUGUCUAAACGGGACUCCACCAAAGGCUCAUGGAGCACGGUGGCCGACUGGCUCUUCAACAACAAGUUCACGGCUUGUAACAUUAUGCCUGGCAGGGAGUACCACUUCAGGGUCUACGCCAAGAAUGACAUGGGCAUGUCUUCUCCGUCUGAGUCUCCCACUUGGGGAAGCGAGAGGAGGAAAGACACAUUUGUGGUAAACAUGCCAGCCUACAAAACGUGUGAUUUGCGGACCGCUCCAGCCUUCCUUGUGCCACUGAGACAGCACACAGCACCCAAAGGCUAUGAGUGCUACAUGAGCUGUGCCAUAAAGGGAAAUCCCAAGCCUCGCGUCACUUGGUACCGCAACAACAUCAGCCUCAACACUAACACCAACUAUUUGAUCACGAACAUCUGUGGUGUCUGCUCCUUGCUGAUACUCCGUGUGACCCCCAAAGACUGGGGCGAGUACAACAUCCAAAUAGAAAGUGCCCUGGGGAGGGCCGAGUCCUCCACCAAACUCACAGUCAGAGAAUGAAGAAACAUUUUACAGUGCUUCAGUAUGUAGAGACGUUAUUAUGUAUCAAGGUGGAAAAUGUCAAUUUUAUUAUAUGAUUAAGUUAUUUUCCAAAAUGCAUGACUGUACUGCUUGUAAGACAUGUACUGUUUGUUAAGACUAGUAAGUAAAAAUGACAAGAGUGAUCGUUUUUGAUCAUUAUGUUUGAUGUGGAUAUUUCACAACCUAAAAGGACACGAAUCGAGAUGGCAUUGACCCAUCCUGGGAGUUGGGGUUUCCUAGACUUAAAUUAAUUCUGAUCCUAAAUCACUUUAUCACCAAAACCCUCUCCAAUUUUGUUGCAAUGUUAAACAUACUAAUUUCAUGCUGAAUAAUGUUGACAUUCCGAAUAAAAACAUACUAGAAAGUGACCGAAAGUGUACACACACACACACACACAUACAGAAAGUGUUGUGUAAAGCCUGUGGAAGGGAUGGCAAUAGACAUGAAUGCAGUGGACAGAUUACUGUAGGUCCCAUGAAAUACAAAAAUUGACCACAGAAAAUAUCUGAGCUGUGCUGUCAAUUCUUUUGAGAACUCAACUAUGUCACUUGUAACAUGCAAUGCAAAUAAAGGGUUU